AUGUCUGAGAGCACGAUUUCCAAAAGUACGGAACAGCCUGAAAGUGAUGUUCCGUCGUGGUCGUCGAGGUUGUAUCGACAAGUUGGUUUCUCGGCGAAAAAGACGUGGCAGGAUAGAGGUGACAUCAUUCGUCACUCGAAAGAGCUCUUCACUGGUGCUGGUCCAAAUGGGCUUCCAUAUUCUCCACUGCCAACAGCCUCAAGUAUACGACUUCUAGAGGUCAAAGCAGGCAACCCAAGCGACAUGCUGCAAUGCUCUCUCCAUACAGUUGACUUAGCAGACAGCCCGAAAUACCAUGCGCUCUCAUACACAUGGGAGUUGGACCCACCAAGCUUCCCUUACGAACUGAGAUAUCUGUCUCAAAAAGUCCCUAGCUUCUCAAAAGUUGUUUCCAGUGGUGUCGAUACGGUGAAUCACACUCUUAAUCGUCUCAUGGUUCGGUCCCGCUUUGAACCAUCAGAUCCAGAUGCAAAGCCAGUCGAGAAUACGACCGACCGAGACAAGAUCCUCUGCGACGGCAAAGGCGUUUACGUCAAGUCUAAUCUAUACCAAGCUCUCCUCCAGCUCAGAAAAACGCGUCCAGGUCUGUACUGGAUUGACGCAAUCUGCAUCAACCAGUCUAACCUUACUGAGCUGGGCCAACAAGUCCAAAUGAUGAAUCGCAUCUACAGUUCAGCGUCCCAAGUCACGAUUUGGCUGGGUACUUGUCCCCACGUUUUCGCGCCCGGCGUAGCGAACCUCAUUGAGAUGACCAAAUCCGGCCUUCCCGAGAUCACCGAGGCUGCUGAAUCCAAAGACUUUUACUACACCAGAGUCGGAACAACAUCACUCUGGCAUUUAGUGCUUUGCGUCUUCUUCUUCGUCACGCGUAAAUGGUUCAAAAGACUUUGGGUUCUGCAAGAAUUAUGCCUCGCCAAAGAAGCCAUCUUCCUCUUAGGAGAUUACAAGUUCGAGGCUGAUGACAUCUCCGUUGCUUUUGGUUGGAUGAAAAGUAUUCUGGGCGCUUGGAAUACCAGUGGGUUACACAUGUUUGCACAGAUAUUGACGUGGGUUGGCGACAUGCCUGACCAGGCUGUCGGGUUGCUCAAUUCGCGCCGCACGAUUUCUGAGGGUGACAAAGUUGGUCUACAGGAAUGGUUCAGGCUCGUCAAAAACCGCGAGGCAAGAGAUCCGAGGGAUAUGGUGUACGGCGGACUCGCUUUGAUCAAGCCAGAGACGCUAUUGAUGGACCCACGCUUAAAGCGAGGCUCCGGUAGCUCAUCGUUAGAUCACGAUCAAAUUGCAUCAGACGGUAGACUACAAUGGCUAUCACUACAUGCGGACUACGCCAUUGAAUUUCCUUCAGUUCUGGAGAAGGUGGCGCUGUGUAUUUUGUCGGGUCCUGAGCCGAUGAACCUCCUCUCGCUAGCAACGCGAUACCGCAGUCCAUUCUUCUACGACAUGACGAGAGACACAUGCAUCCACUACUCAGCUAUGAAAUACGACAAACUGUCAGAGCUUGAACUCGAUGUACCAUCAUGGUACGCGGUGCCAUGGCUUGAGAACUCGCGGGGUAUGAAGCCUCUCAUCUGGCAAAACAGGACACCGCUCGAAAGCAUCUCCAAGAUGAUCAAUAGUCCAUCCGUAUCGGCUGACGGUAAAUCGCUGUUUCUCGAAGCAGCAAAAUUAGAUAUCAUCGAGUCCUGUGUCUUGUAUAAUUUUUUCGGGGAUCUGGCGCACGAUAUGGAGUCCAUGAUCACGCUGAGCUCCAAGGAGAAUGAGCACGCACAGGAAGCUGCGGCGUUGAAGGAUUCUUUCAACUACGCUCCGCCAUUUCAUCUGCUAGAAGUGAUACUCAACAUGACUGCAUAUAUGAGGCCGACAAAAUUGUCGCCUCUUGAGGUCUUCUGUGACCUUCUCACAGCUGGAACAUGGAGAGGCGGGCCCAGCAGCAAGAUGACCGGGUUCUGCCAAUGGCUUGACGACUGGGUAAAUAAUUACAUCAAAGAACAUGAUAAAGAAAAGGCAAAAAUCACCGAUGAAACUCUCAUCUUGAAAGAAUUCAUCGCCAAAAGAGAACCCAUCAUGGCAAAGAUUCAAGACGACUACACCAAACUACGCGCCGCAUAUCCCAAUGAACCGUGGUCACCCGAGGAUCGCAAAGCCAUCCCGGAAGAACGCAAGACCCAGGCCUCUCACUUCGCAAGAACCCUGCAAAGAGCACAGACGGUCCGAGCUCUGUUUAAGACACAAAGCGGCAGACUCACCCUUGCACCGGCCUGGGCUGAAAAGGGCGAUGUUGUGAUGGUGGUGAAAGGCGGCAGGGUUCCUUACGUCUUUACACCAAGAGAUGAGGACAUUAAGCGCAAGAUUGCGUUUAAAGAGAAGUAUAACGGUGAGAUUUCGAUGGAGGCGUUGAAGGUGCGGCCGGGACAUCAGGAGGCGCAGAAAUGGGAUGCGGCAAGUCUGCGGGGUGACAUUGGAGGUAAUGAGAGUUAUUUACUCACUGGUGAAGCUUAUUUGCAUGACUCGGAUUUGGAAGAGAUUCUGGGGACGGAAUUGGAGUUUGGCAGAUUACAAAUCGUCUAA